AUGAGUGAACAAACACAAGUGCCCAAAUACAUGCAAGCCCUCCAUCUCCCAUCCUCAUUCACCAACAAAGCCACGCCCGGCGGCCCAUCAUCCCUACAAUACGAAACCGAGCGUCCGGUUCCCAAACCCGGUCCAAACGAAUAUCUCAUCAAAGUCCGGACCGCCUGCGUCUCAAUCGAUGAGCUCGAGCAGACACGCACCACGCCUCUCGGUCAAGAAGGGAAUGUGAGGGAUAGCGCCAUGUUCCUCGAAAGACCAACAUCAGACGGUAUCGACAAAAUUCACGGCCUCAUUCCCGGCCGCGAAUUCUGCGGCGAAGUCAUCAGCACCCCGCGCGAGGACUAUGCAAGCUCAAAGGGACCGGCAUUCAAGGUCGGCGAUGAAGUAAUCGGUGUUCUUGGCAAUGUCGAGGGUCGUGAUGGCGCAGCAGCAGAUUAUACGCUCGCCACGGAGAACGAAUUUGCAUACAAACCAACCAAUUUGUCUGCGGCAGAGGCAGUUACGAUCUCGCAUGCGGCUUUGAUUGCAUGGCAGGGUUUGUUCGGGUACGCGACACUAGACCCGGAUGAUGGGCCCUGUAAUAGGCCUGCUGAUGGACCGCUGAGGGUCCUGGUGACGAAUGCCGCGCAGUCGGAUGUAGGGCGGUAUGUGAUGCUGUUGCUGAAAUGCCAGGCUAUGUUUCCACAUCAUGUUUUGGGUCUUAUGGGUGGUGCUGGGUUAGGGGAGAUGCAAAGGGCUGUUUGGGUUGCUGCUACAGGUGCGAAGGAUGAGCAUGAAUACCUCUUCAAAGAGUUGGGAGCGGAUGAGGUUACGACCUCGACGGAUAUAGCGGCUGCGUUUCGCGAGAAAGGUUGGAAACCGGUUGAUAUUGUAUUUGAUUGUAUAGGUGCUGGAGGCGCGUUGUUUCGGGAAGCUCAUUCCCCGGUCGUGGUUAAGGAUCAUGGGCACAUCUUGACGCCGCGACGGCCGCAGUCGGGACACCCUGAAAAACCGUCUGAAAGGGAUGAACGCACGGAAGUCAUGACAAGGAAUUUGACUAGCGAAGCUAUUGACGUGAGGCCCAAUGCGCAACAACUUGCUAAGAUUGUGCAGUUGGUUGAAAAGGGGGUGUUGAAGCCUGAUGUGUCGUACCAGGUGGAGGAUCUGUUGCAUGGACAGCAGGCGCUAGUUUAUGCUGAGAAGGCCGGGGAGGAGAAGGUUGUGUUGCGAGUUGAUCCAGCUGGUAGUCAGUUUUGA